UUCAAAAUUGCAAUCAAUUAAAACAGAGACCAAAGAUGUGAUGGAAGCGAAUGGACGCGAACGACGAGAGUUGGAAAAUAUGCAAAACGAACUCAUGAAGGAAUUGAAACUCAAAUACCUCGUUAUCGACAACUUUAUACCAAUCGAUGAGAAAAAUAAACUCUUGAGUCGUAUUGUCUUCGAUGAGGACGAAGAGAAUUGGAAGAUAAUGAAGACGUCGAGCGUCGACAGCAAUGUAUGCAAACGACCCAAUUCUUGCGCCGGAUAUCGCUAUCCCAUCUCAGAAUUCGCCCGAUUGGCCGCCGAAGUGAGCGCUGGCGUGAGGUAUAGGUGUGAGAAUAUAAUGGACUGCGAACUCGAGAUGAGUUGCCGCACCACCAAAGACUAUACGGCUCCCAGACUAUCACCGAGAGUGAGGGCUGCGCUCGACAACGCACUCAAACGCGAAGACGAUAUUGACGUCGAGAUCAGUACAAUUCCUGCGCCGACUUCUCGUCGAAAAGGGAAGGAAAAGGAGUCAAACGGCAAUAUUUUGCGUCCGUUGACUGCGCUUAAGAUAUCAAAUCGGAGUUCGUCUCGAAAUUUAUACUCACGGCCGGACACUGCGAGUGCCAAUCAGUCCUUCCCUCAGGCCAGAGGACUCAUUCGCAAAUGA